AUGUCGCGCGGGAUAUUCUUUCUAUUCAAGCACCUGGUGCAGGUGUUGAACGGCUUUUUAACUCUGCCCGAGACAUCUGUCACUACCGUCGAGGAAGAAGAGAAAGAGGCGGCAAACGAAGAAAAGGUUGCGGAGUUCCUUGAUGAUCUAGAUCCGAUCAGUGAUAACGAGGAGGAGGAUGUGGCGCCCAUCCAGGAACAGCCUACGACACAGGGACUUUCGGAGCGAGCCGCAGGGAAAAGACGAAGGAGUGUGGCAUCUGAAGCGGAAAUAGAGGCUCAGGAAGGUGUUCAAUCUGAUAAUGAAACAGAUAUUCCAUUACCUGAGCAGCUUGAGACCCAGCAGCGAGUAUCAGGGAGAAAUCGGAAGCGUUCAAGAUGUGAGGAUGAUGAUUCUAUACAUUAUUAG